UCUCUCCACGCCUGACAGACCGCUUGUGAGAGUCGCUGUGUGCCUUCAAUCUUGGAUCAACUCAGCGAUCAAAUGGGCGCCUGACCACAAGCCAAAAGCCGCAAUCAAAGUCGAAGUUGGAGCCACUUUUGGGGAAAGGCCGUUAAAUCACUCAACUAAAACGUUCAUAAAAUGUCGAAUGUCUUGUAGAAUUUCGACUGCAAAAACAGAUCUGGCAGAGCGGCCUCAGGCAACCCUCAGUUGGAUUCUAAGCGGCGUGCGGAGUGCGUGUGUUGAUUCGAGUGCUGUGUCGACACCGAGAAAAAGAGCCAACAGAGGACCGACCAUGUGGCAGCGUGUGGCAGUGCUUGUGCUUGGCAUUUACGUGCUCAUAACAAUGAAGGCAGCAAGAGGCAGCUCCAACAACAAUCGCUUUAAUGGCGGCACAUCCGGUGGCAUCCUCGCGGCACGGGCCAAGGGGCAACUACAGCUGGAGCUGAAUGGGUGGCAGCCAUUCGGGCAGCACAACAAUUGGCUUAUCCUGCAGGCAACGGCACCCAGCGCAGUGCAGCCGGAAAGCGAGAGCCCCAACAGAUUGUUGCCACAGCAACGACAGCCACAGCUGGAGCAGCUCCAACGACUUCCUGUCAAUUACUACGCCUACAAUCAUCGGCAUAAUGCGAGUGCGGGGCGGAGGGCUGUCAGUUCACCUUCGGCAGGCGGAAAUUACAAACAGGUUGAGGCGCAGGCACAGGCACAGGCGAGCGAUCCUGCCAGCUAUGUCCUGGCCAUAAGCCAGCUGCCACUUGCGGAGGUGGAAGCCGAGCCGGAUGUGCGCAAUGCGGCGGCCAACUCCGCCCACGCAGCCGAUAAGGUGGAAGAUGUGGCAGAUACCACUGGAACUGCCAUCAAAGACAGUGAGCAGCCAGCAGCUUUGGCUGGCAUCCAGGCCUACUUGCUGCCCUUCCAGCGAACUCUGCUGAAAGUGCGCAACUUGUGCGACUCCGUGGGCACGCUGCUCAGCGAGGUGCUGGAGGAGCCAGAGGAGCACGAGGAGGAGCCACUGCAGCUGCCGGCAGAGCUUCUUUCUGCUGCCUAAUUUGCAGAUGAGACAGGAUUCAGUUCAAAGGAGUCGAGCCCGCGUCUGGCCGCGGAGGGCCGCAAGCUGAAAAAGUUGAAAAAGAAAUUCCAAAAGCUGCUGCUGCCGCUGCUGAUUGCCUACAAGCUGAAGUUCCUCACCCUCAUACCCGUGCUCAUUGGCGGCCUGACGCUGCUCGUCGGCACCACGGGCCUGGCCGGCUUCUUCUUUGCUCUCUUUACGGCCGUAAUGAGCCUGAAGACCACAGGCGGCGGCGGCCAUGGCAGCAAGGCAAUUGUCUUGAAGAAAAUCUGAUGUGUCUGGCGGCAGCGUUUAGUACGAAUUAAGAUUUAGCUAUUGAUUAAGGUUAGUUAACAGUCAGCAGUC